AUGCCUACCCGAACUUCGAAGACCCGCAAGCACCGCGGCCACGUUUCCCAUGGAAAGGGUCGUGUAGGCAAGCACCGCAAGCAUCCCGGUGGUCGUGGUCUGGCUGGUGGUCAGCACCACCACCGUACCAACAUGGACAAGUACCAUCCUGGUUACUUCGGUAAGGUUGGUAUGCGAUACUUCCACAAGCAGCAAGCCCACUUCUGGAAGCCCAUCAUCAACCUCGACAAGCUGUGGUCACUCGUCCCCACCGAGACCCGCGAUGCCUACGUCUCCGGCGAGAAGAAGGACACCGUCCCCGUCCUCGACCUUCUUCCUCUCGGCUACUCCAAGCUGCUCGGCAAGGGCCGCAUCCCCGAAAUCCCCCUGGUUGUCCGCGCACGAUGGGUCAGCAAGCUGGCUGAGCAGAAGAUCAAGGAGGCUGGUGGUGUUGUAGAGCUGGUGGCUUAA